AUGCCGGACAACCACCUUAUAUCGCCCAUCAGGCCCCUAAUCACGCCCCAGCUCUCUCUUACUCCGUUUCUCUCUUACUCCGUUGAGUCCCCACAUAUACCUCAUCCACAGCCAGACCACCAAGCCCACAACCACAACGUCAGAAUAACCUCUACUCAUACGUCAGGGCACAACAAGCCCUUGACCGACAUCCUACGGUUGACUCCCAUACCCCUAGGCUUUAAAGGCCCCUCCAACAUUGCCACGUAUGUUGGAGAGACAGACCCUUUUGAAUGGGUCCAAAAGUUUGAAGCAGCAAUGACGCUGCAUGGCGAAACGGACCUCCUUAUGUGCAGAACUUUCCCUACGCUUCUGGGAGGGAGAGCGCAGACAUGGUACACUACCCUACCGACUGGAAGCAUCGCGUCCUGGGACGACUUAGCAAGCAAGUUCCAGUCCCACUUCGCAACCAGCCGCCCCGUGCCAAAGUCCGUUCUCUCACUCGAGAAAAUCCGCCAAAAAUCUGGGGAGUCUCUUCGAUCCUUUUUAGACCGCUUUGACAAAGAAGCCCUACAGGUGCAAGGCUUAGACCCAAAAGUGCAGGUUCAUAUACUCCUUUUAGGCUUACGAGCGGGGUCGUUUGCCUACGAGCUAGCGCGCCACGAAAUUACUGAGCUAGAAGAAGUUAGGAAAGUGGCCCAGGAGUAUAUGAGAGUUGAAGAAUACAAGGGAAGUCGAGCUGAUGAUGCCUACAGCCAAGAGAAGGCAGCCAGCAAAAAUAAGAGCCCAACAGAAGAUAGUAAGAAGGGACAUAAGUCAGCUAGAUAUACCAACCGCCCUUCGAGGCGUGACACAACAAGGCGCCAAACUCACAGCGUCCUACAGACGGAUUAUAAAGAUGAUUCCAGGGGAAAUCAAUGCCCUCAGCAACCAGCUAGAGAAGCCGCGGUCUACUGUAAGUUCCACCGCAGUAACGGCCACAGUACUGAGGAGUGCAGGCACCUCAAAGAUGAGAUUGAUGAGCUCAUUAAGGGCGGUGCUCAAAGAAGAGAUGGUGAUGGUGCACGCCAAUCGGGAACCGGAAGGCGGUACAGGGAGCGCAGUAAAUCGCCAGAGAGACGACGAGCAAGGCAGGUGAACUCUCGACCACGACAUGAGCGUGACAGAAGAGAAGACUCUCCAGGGAGCCGGAGAGCGCAAGCAAGCCCCAACGACAGAGGAAUGCGAGACAACGAGGGAGAAGACCCGCAACCGUCAAGCACAAAGUUAUAA